GGUGGAUCCUGGGAUUGGAUCCUGUGAGCGGCGGCGCGGUCCCGUGUCGGCCGGAUGGACCCGACCUUGGCCCGGCUCCACCCGACCAUUAUGCAGACAGGAAACGACAUUUUACGGGCAACAACGGGGAGCCGUAGUUUUCGGAAAGGGGGACACCUCGCAAACAGCCGGCCGAUGAGCCAAGAAGGACAGCGGAACGUGGACACGACAACAAAGGGGACGUUGGGCUAAAGACGAGCACCGAACCGGGUUUCGCCAGAACUCCAAACCGAGCUUCGGGAAAACACCGAGACGCGCUUCAGACUAGGCGCAGGAGAGCAGCCCUACUGGGCUGAUGGAGAAACCGGGCCUCUCGGUGUUUUUCCACGGAAAAAGGCCCCGAUGACAGGCAACAGGGACCCGGUUGUAACAGCUCGCUGCCCAUUCGAUGUUUUUACCCUUUUUAUCCCUGGUUCUGAACGUUUUUAUGACCAACUGUCGUGUAUGAAAAGAUUGUCCACCAGAAGACGCAGCAGAAGCCGUUUCUCUCUCCACACCUGCAGCCCAGCAGGCAGCUUUGGCUGUGCAAAGAGCUGAGUGAAUGCGCAGAAAACAGCACUGAAGCAAUGGUUCAUCUUCCAGAGAAAUCAUAGACGCUCCACUUCCUGGGACAAACUGGACUAAACUUACCUUUUUAAAAACAAAAACAAAGCAGGCAUAACUCAGUAUAUAGUUAUGGAACACUUUGAAGAAACACUACAAUUCUUUCUUCUUAGAUAAAUUAUUAGGUUACACUAUUUUGACCUAUUUAUAUUGUCGUGCCAAAGCACUUUCUCUAAUUGAGAGUUACACUAUUAGAACAUUUAUGUGACAAAUUAAGCACUGACUUUUGAAUUAUAGUAAAUCAUUUUAAUUAUGGUGGCAUACAACAGGACAAUAUAAAAAAAAAAAAAAAAACCUGAAGUAUUACUCCUAUUUUUACAAAGUCCAGAUUUAGUGCACAGGGUAGUUGUGGCUCUAGGACACUCUGCCAUAAUAUAUAGGGAGAUGUUCCAGUUCAGCAAAUACCCCAUGGACAUUUUAGAAAUGCUAAGUGGACACCAAGCCCAUCAGUUCAAAGGCCUUGGAUUAGAACGUCAACUGAGCCACCAGCAGCAAGUCCAACUCCAGCAUCAGCAGCAGCUCCAGCAGCAGCACCAGUCUACCACUGACGCAUCAGGAAGCCUGCUCUCCGGUCUCAGCCUCGGAUCCCUUCAAAGCUCUCGGAGUAACGCCUUUGCAGACUCCUCAUCAAUAUUUGCAAAGAUGACUGCAGCUCCCCCAGCCAUCUCUCAUCAGAGCCAGACUUCAUCUUCAUCUCACAGCUCCAGGAAGUCCAGUAAGAUAAGCAGCAGUAGUAGCACCGGGACUGGGAGCUCCUCCUCAGGAUACCCUCAGUUUCUGCGGCCUUUUCACCCAGCUGAAGCUGCGCUGGCUCAGGAGCAGCUCCACUCUGGGAUGGGACGUUUUGACUUUGGUGGGAGCAGCAGCGGAGGAAGUGCAGGAGUCAUUGGGGGUGUUGUCACACCUGCUCCACCACCUCCCCCACUGCAUCCAGGUCUCUCUGUCCCCCAACCAUCCUCUGGUCCUUCCACUUCCUCUCCAUCUCCUUCUACCUCUGCAUCAGUCUCCAAUAACUCAUCUGGCAGCACUGCUGUCCCUUUAGUUGGGCAGUCCGAUCCCCGCAGCCUGCAUCAGCAGUUCAGCUGCAUGCUUGCUGCCAAUCAGUACUUCCUGUCAGGUGUCCCCACCAACAGCAGCCUGGAACAGUUCCUCGUACAACAAGGCACUCACAACCACUUAGGUCUGGGUCUGACCCAAGGGACUCCAGAGUCCAACUCAGCCCUGGCUCCCCCUACCGCCCUCCACUCCACCCACAGCCACACAGCUUCACAACCACAGCAGCAACAGCAGCAGCUGGCCUCUCAUGCCUUAUCACAUCCGCACAGCCACACACACCACCCACACCCCCUUCACCCGGGCCCGCAGCCUCCCCCUUUGAGCAGCUUUGAUUUUCAAGGCAUCCCAGUCCUUUCUUCUAACCAGAUAGCCUCACUAAUGCAACAAGAAGCUGGUCUUCCCCUUCCUCUGCCUCUCCACCUUUCUCUCUCUAAAGAUGAGGUGUCAAAAACAGACAGCACAUCGACAUCUGGUUCAAGUGGGGGGAGCAGGAGAAAAAAAGCAAUGGCUGGCUAUUUGCCCCAGAGGAAGGCUGAUAGUAGUACUCACAGUGGUCACAGCCAUAGCAGCAACACUGUUGGUAACUGCCACAAUACCAGCUCAAGUGGGCACAGUCAAAGCUCCACGGGCCUUGUGGGAGGAGGUCCUACAGGUGUUGGGUUAAGUGGUAUAGGAAGUAACUCUCGGCAUUCUUCUCUUCUGUCAUCAUCCUCGCGGCAGCAGUCAUCCUCUACAGUCUCCUCCUCUUCGUCCGGCCCACCUCCCUCUAACUCCACGUCCGUGCUUGUAGCUAAUGGAAAUGAACAAUUGUCCAAAGCCCAAGAGAGCCACAGUGGUAAUUCAUCUGUUCAGCCUGAGCCAGAACCUCUAUACCACUGUGGAGAAUGUGGUAAAACAUUCACUCACCUCUCAAGCCUUCGCCGACACCUACGUAGUCACGGCUUAACUCCAGAAAGCCAAAGUAGAAAGUCGAACUGUAACUCCCCCAGCCCAGAGAGGAUAUUCUGCUGUGGUGAAUGUGGAAAGAGGUUUAAAAAGAGGGGUCACCUGAUCCAGCAUAGUGUCACCCAUUCAGAAAACAGGCCUUUUGUGUGCAGCAUUUGCCAGAAGUCUUUCAACCGUCGUGAGUCACUCACCAGGCAUGAGAAGAUCCAUGAUGAGAAGCCUUUCCGCUGCCCAGCUUGCGGGAGGUGUUUCCGGGAGAGUACUUCACUGCUGAAUCAUGCUGCAUCAGGCAACUGUGGCAAACCUCCCAGCUCAAAAAAUAAGAACUCUGAAGGGAAUCGAUUGUCUAACUUGAGCAACAGUAAAAUCGGUAGCAGUGGAGGCAGAGUAGCGUUAUCAAAUGAAGCAUCAGGAAUGAGUAAUAAGUACACUACAGAUUUUUCCAGAAAUCGUUACCAAAGUCAGUUGUCCUAUAACAGUGGGGUUGAUGACUACAGACGGUCACAGACUUCAUCUUUGUACUCUUCAGAGAGUACACUGGGGAACGGAAUGGGCAGCCAGACUCUCCGUAAGGCGCCUUUAGCCCCAACUCUUCAUCCCCAUCCACAAAGCCAGCAACAGCACCUCCAUCACCAGCAGCAGCAGCCACACCUCCCCCUGGCCUCUUUAUUGGAUGAUUCAGAGGAUGAGGUCACCAGCAGUGCGAUGUCAGCCAUUGCUGCUGCGGCUGCAGCGUCUUGUGACAUAAACACUGACGGCCGGGAAGGAGAGAGGAGGGAUAUUAUUGGCGGCCUUCUGGGUGGGUUGGGGUUUAAUUUAAGUGGGCCGUCAUCAAGCUCUGCUAGCCUCAACGGGUCUACAAUGCCUUUGACUCACCCUAGCCACCCCCAGGCGAAGCCCAGGAGGCCUCGGAAGCCAAGAGAAAAGAGAGACCCAGGAACCGCUGUCAGGAGAAGGCGAAGCCCUGCACCGCCGGGGGACGGCUCAGAGAGGCCGUAUGGCUGCCAGAUUUGUGGAAAGCGCUUCAGGAGGGCAGAAACCCUACGGCGCCACAAUCGUGUCCACACGGGGGAGAAGCCUCACGCCUGUGACGUCUGUGGUAAAAUGUUCCGUGAGCCUUUCCAUCUAACGAAGCACCUGACCGUGCAUUCAGGUCAGAAGAACUACAAGUGCAAUUUGUGUGGGAAGAUGUUUGCCUACGCUCAGAGUCUAGUGAGGCACGGGAAGUUGCACAGAAAAGGGGAGAUUGAUAAUCAGGGGAGGAGAAUUAAAGGUGGUGCUGCUGCCAUCAGUCAGGUGGGAAACUCUGAAUUUUACUCAUCCUGCUCCCAAGAAGAAAAAUCCCCAACAUCUGGCACGCCCUCCCACAGACUUUACACCUGUACAGUCUGCUGGAAAUCAUUCCAUCACUAUUUCCACCUCACCGCACAUCAGCAAACGGUCCAUGGUGGUGGAGUAGGGCUGGAGAAGUCCUACCGCUGUGAGGUGUGCGGCAAAGCCUUCGCUUACUCCAACAGUUUAGUGCGGCACAAACAGUCUCAGCAUGACGUUGACCGUAAUGGCCAGCGGACCAACCAGCCUCAGCCUUCCGGAUACUCAUCCUUCUUCUAUGAUUCUGGAUCAGCCUCCAACUACGCCGGUUCGUCUCAUAUGCCACAAGGGACCGCAUUGCAGCAGCCACAACAGCACCCUUUUCACUAUCGCUCAAAAAACUUCCAGAAGCGGACUGGACAGACAAGAAAGCACCGGAAGAAAAAAAGGCGAGUAAUAAUCCACAGCAUCAUGAGAGAUGGGAAGCUGGUGGGCGUCCCACUGAGUAAAGACACUCGCAGGAAGCUAAUGAUUCUAAGGAAAAAACGGGGAAAACUGCAGAUGCAGAUUAACCAAAAAAAGCUCCUGGCUCAGUUGAGGAUUAGGGGUGGUGGGUUAAAAGUGAAGACGUGGUGUGGGGGUGUCGUCAGAGUCACAGGGCUCACCUCAAUGGACGUUCCUGUCAAGCGAUUUCCCUGCCCGAUCUGUCCCAGCACCACUUAUUCCAAACAGGGUUUUUUGCUGGUCCACCACGCCAUACGACACCCUCCAAAAAACUCAGGCCGCCACGCUCGUCUACGGUGUCAGGUAUGUGGAAGGCGGACCAGCUCCUUACACAAAGCCUUGAAACACAGGGGCCAGCACCUUAAACAAGCCACGUUCCAGUGCCACAGGUGCCGCCAUCGCUUUUGGAAUCCCUGUCUUCUGGCCCGACACAAGUUCUCCUGUCGGGGUGUGACCUGUGGCAUAAUCGGGCCCUGGGGACUGAUGAGGCAGAAAUUUCACAUCCGCAACACAGAGACUGACCAUUCACCAGUACGCCUGCCGGUCCCAAAUCUGCUCCAGCCCGAGAGAUCAACAGUUCUGACUGACUACAGUCAGUAACAGAGGUUUUCUAGACUAGAUUGUUUUGUUUAUUCUUUUUAUAUUUAAUGCAAGAAGCGAGUGAGUGGUAGUAGGUUUUUAACAAAAACUGUGGGAGGACGGGGAGGUUUAGUCAAACUGCCACAGAAUCCCCGCAUCUCUCUGAAGUCUACACGGUCCUAACGUGCAGAGGCGGUGUGUAAAUGAAGUUGGACUUUGAAAGGCCCAGAAUUGGAACCGCCAGAUGAGGUCUAGGUCAUUUGACAAGUUUAGUAGCACCCAUCUUUAAAAAAUAAAAAGAGUGCAUCUUAUCAAGUUUUGAUCCAUCGUUUGUCAUUAUUUUCACAUUAGCAGUGUUUGAUGUCCACACUCAUCAACUGGGUGCAUAUUGUAGACGUGAGAUGUAUUUAGUACCAUUUUAUUAUUUACAGUGUAUUCAUCGUCUCGUUCUGUGUGGGUUUUUGUUUGGAGAUGAUCUGUAUUAACAUGAAAAAAGAAUAUGACUGUUGGCAUACAGAAAUGCUAAUCCAGUGGUUUGAAGAAUUUCAUCAGGUUCAUGGUUGGCAUCAUUUUCAGUUCUAGAUAUAUAAUUCCAUUGAGAGCUGUAAAGCAUCAGAGUGACUGAAAAGGAAAACUAAAGUGUUGGUGAACUUGUUUUUAAUCGACACUAGUGUUUUUGUAAAAGCUGUACAUAAAGACAGGACUCAAACUGUUAAUGUGCUGAGGAUAGAAAAGGAAAACUCAACCGGAGUGUACUGUAAAAUUCUAUUUUGUUAUAUAUCGAUUACUUGCCAUUUUUUUACUCUGUCGUUAGCAUCGUUACUCUUGUCUGCGUGGGAGGGGAAGGAGGCGGGGCCUGUUUUUGUAAAACAAGGGGCUGAAUAUGUGUAUGUGAUGUUUGACCGCCUGUUGACCCUCAUUACUCACUUAUACCGUUUUUGUAACAAAAGCGUGUAAACAUAGUUCAUUAUUUAGGUCCUGUCCAUGUGGUGUUUUUUUUUUUUAUUAUUACCCCAGUAAAAGUAAAACGUAAUAUUAUUACUAAAUUACUAUCCUUUGCCUAAAAAGUGAGUUGGUAAACUUCAAAUAAAAAAAAAAAGUGAAAUGUUA